AUGUCAAAAAGAAAACAAAUUGAUUUGGACAUUGAGGACUUUUUAAAAGACCAUCAUUACAUAUUUAAUCAAUCUACGUAUUAUUUAUCGUAUUUCAACUGCAUCAGUAUUGGUAGAUAUGAAGCAAUCAUUGGAACAAUUUGUCUUCAAACAAAGCUUGAUGGAAAUGUAAUACCUGAAAGUGUUGAAUUAGUAUCCAAAUACAGAGAAGAAGAGGUUAGAAUUUUCGAAAGAAUUAUUAAAAUCAUUGAACCAGAUGAAUAUGAAGAAUCUGAAGAUUCAUCAUUUCCCUUUACUGAUUCAAUGAGUGCAGAUGAAAGAAGAAGAGUAAUAACCUUAACAUUUUAUUUGAAAAGAAUACUUUCCAUUAGAGAGCUUUCAUGCUUUGGUGAACAAACCAGAUUCAAAGCCAGUGGCAGAGCUGCACUUCAGUAUAAACAAGUUUUGGAAGAUCAAGAAAAAUUCAAAAAACAAUUUAAUGAUGUAUUUGGAAAAUUUGAAACACAACCUGAUCAAUCGAAAUGCAAUAUUUUCAUUUUAGAUUCUGAAACAACUGGUCUUACUUCCAAUGCAGAAAUUAUUGAACUUUCGUGUGCUUGUUUAAAUGGGGAAGCAUUUUAUCGUAAAUCAAAUCCAACCAUCCCCAUUACUCCAGAGUCUACCAAAAUCAACAAUCUCACAAGCAAAGAUUCAGCAGGUCACCAAUAUUGGGAAAAGGUUGAAGAGGAAUUUUUAAUUUUAUUGUCCAACAAUCUGUUACCAGUGGUUUCAGAUAAAAAAAAGGAAUCAUAUUCGUUGGAUAAUCUAGCAACUUUUUUUAAAAUCAACACCGAUGGUAUCAAUCGUCAUAGCUCAAGUGGUGAUGUUUUACUUUUAUUUGAAACUCUUUUAUUCUUUUUUCAUAAAAAUUAUAAAGAUCCAAACAAUUUUUUAAAAUUCCUUUUCAAUUGUUUGGAAACAAAUAAAAAAAAACUUUAUGGUUUAUAUUGUUCAUUGGCCACAAAACUUGGUUUAUUAGCUGAUGAUGAAGUUUUAGAAAAGAAAAUCAAAUCUUUCAAAACCCCAAUCCUAAACUCGGUUAUUCAAACAUUUAAAAUAGAUAUUUUGCCAAACAAAAAUGAUAACAACAAAAGGAUCUUUAAAGAGAUGGAGACAGAAAAAAAACCAAUAAUAAUUAUCAUCACCUGCCCCAUCUACACAAUUUAA